CUGAUGAGCCCCGCGGUGUUGACUUCUAAAUGCCGCACCCAGAUCAUGCACCAUGGUACUUGGACUAUUCAUCCUUGGUCAUUAAUAUUGAUCAUCAUGUCUGAUACACAAGCCAGUGACAAGACGGUUGAUCAGCCUGCGCCGACAACAGGCGUCGCAUCCCAUGAAGAAGCUCCCACGGGGCUUCUUCCCGGUCAGCAUUGGACGGAUACAGAGCCAGACCGCGACGACGACGACGAUGACAAUGACUCUACACUGUCGGACAAUGCUAGCUCAACGGCUUCGCUGUCAUCCGAUAUCUUGCGUUACCGAGAGAUCAAUGGACGGAGAUACCAUAGUAAACAAGGCGAUGCUCAGUACUGGAUUUCGAAUGACAAUCAAGCCAAUGAAGCACUAGACAUCAAUCACCAUGUUCUGAUUCUCAUGUACAACGACAAGCUCUACAAAGCGCCGUUGAAAGACGACAUACAGGCCGUUGUAGAUAUAGGAACAGGCACAGGAAUUUGGGCGAUGGACUUUGCCGACGAGUUUCCCAACGCAAAAGUGGUAGGAACCGACAUUUCCCCAAUCCAGCCAGGUUGGCUACCACCAAACCUCGAAUUUCAAAUCGAUGAUUGUACCCAGGAAUGGACUUUCAAGGAGAAUUCACUUGACUAUGUACACAUGAGAUUCCUGGUCGGCAGCAUUGUCGACUGGCCCGGACUGUUCAAGCAAGCAUAUAAAUGCCUGAAGCCAGGGGGUUAUAUCGAAAGCCAUGAGGCCUCGCCUUGCAUUGGCAGUGACGAUAACUCGGUGUCUGAAGAUAGCGCUAUGGGCCAGUGGGGUAAGAUCUUUAUGGAAGGGGGCCGGAAACUGCAGCGACCAUUCUCUAUUCUCGAAGAUAAUGUCCAAGUUGAAAGCAUGAAGGAAGCAGGAUUCGUAACCAUUGAGGAAGAAGAAAUCAAGGCAUGUAUUAAAUCCUACAAUACGUCCAACUCAUAGAUUCUAACCGAAGCCAGGUGCCCAUCGGCGGAUGGCCUGAAGAUCCCAAGCUCAAAGAGGCUGGUCAAUAUUUCCAGGCUGCAAUCCUACAGGACGUCGAAGGCACUCUAAUGUUCAUCGCAAACCUACUGGGGUGGAGUAGAGAGGAGAUCCACGUCUUUGCCGCCAGGUACCGUCGUGAGAUUCGGUCAAAGAAGGUCCACGGGUACUUUCGCGGAAAGGUGGUUUGGGCGCAGAAGCCACCUGACAACUAAUAAUCCGACUUUGGUUCGUGCUGCAAUCUACCUAGCAAAAUACAUGUUAUUUCCAUUACAGAAGCUAGGUCCCGCUGUUGUCGGAGCUACUCGUCGCCAGUAGCAAACUCUCCCUUUGCAAUCUUAUCGCUAAGCGCCUUGUUGGGAGUAAAAUACGAUGAGAAGUCGUCCCGCUUUUCCAGUAACAAGUCCACUACCAUUCUUCCAAAGACAAUUUCGCCAGCUGGAUUCAGAUGCGUCCUAUCACCUUCUCCCCAGUUGUAACGCUGUGCGUUCUCAUUACCAAUGGCGUUGACGUAGUCAGUGCUGGCUUUGUUCAGUUCGAGAUAUUGGGCGCCGACAUCCCCAGCAGCUGCAAUAGUCUUGGUAGCCCAUUCCUUGAGGUUCUGGACGACCUCUCCGUUUUGGAAGGUGCGGCGCGUGAGUGAAGUGAUGAAAAUCUGGUGCGCUUCUUAGUACGAGCGAAACACUUGAAGAUCAGAUAGGAGACUUACCGGUGUUCCGCCAGCCGCUUUGAUCUGAUUGCCAAUGUCGACCAAGUUGGCAUGGAAGUCAUUCAGCUGCAUGACCUUCUGAUCAUUGUGACCAAAUUGAAUGGUCACAACAGGCUCAAAUUCGGCCUUUGCCGCACUGAUGUCUUUGAUGAGAGUGUCCCAGCGACCAUUAGACUUCCAGGAUACGGUAGUAGAGCCACUGACACCUCUAUUGUCGCCUUUGGCUGGGGCGUUCAGGUACGAUAGGAGCCCAUUACCCCAACCGCCAUCAACGGCGACAGUUGAGUCACCGAUGAGGAAGAAUUGUGGUGGUUUCGCAGCUUGGGCAACAGGACUUGACUGGACAGAACCAAUGACGUUCUAGGAAAGUCAAUAGUGAUAGCAGCCGGAGAAUAGAAGGUCCUGAACUCUCAAGUGAAGCAGAAGUACUAUACUCGAAGAUAGGUCAAGGUCACCUGAAUAUCUCUUUUCA